ACCGCCCUCAGGAGCCGCCGCCAUUUUGCCCCCCCCCAGUCCCGGUCCCAUUCUCCCGUCAUGGCGCUGGUCUCGGCCGAUUCCCGCAUCGCGGAGCUGCUGGGGGAGCUGCACCAGCUCAUUAAACAGACGCAGGAGGAACGCUCCCGCAGCGAGCACAACCUGGUGAACAUCCAGAAGACUCACGAGCGGAUGCAGACGGAGAACAAAAUUUCUCCCUAUUACCGCACCAAGCUCCGAGGGCUCUACACCACAGCCAAGGCCGACGCCGAGGCCGAGUGCAACGUCCUCCGGAGAGCUCUGGAUAAAAUCGCCGAGAUCAAAUCGCUGCUUGAGGAGCGCCGCAUCGCGGCAAAAAUCGCCGGGAUUUACAGCGAGGCGGAGCCGCCCAGGAAGACGAUGAGGAGGGGGGUGCUGAUGACGCUGCUGCAGCAGUCGGCGAUGACGCUGCCGCUGUGGAUCGGGAAGCCCGGAGAAAAACCCCCUCCCCUGUGCGGGGCCGUGCCGGCCGCCGGCGACUACGUGGCCAAGCCCGGGGACAAAGUGGCCGCCAGGGUCAAGGCCCUGGAGGGGGACGAGCAGUGGAUCCUGGCCGAGGUGGUGAGCUACAGCCAUGCUGCCAACAAGUACGAAGUCGACGACAUCGAUGAGGAAGGGAAGGAGUGAGUGACAAAAAAAAUCACAAAUUUUGCUUUAAAAUGCCCCAAAAUUCCUGAUUUUCCUACAAAUUCCUGGUUUUCCUGCCAAAACCCAGAAUUUCCCACUAAAAUCCCAAUUUUU